UUGCAUUUAUUUUGAAUAUACGUAUAUUGCUUGUCAAUCUUAUUGUCUAUUUUACUUGCUCCUACUUCACUACUUCCUUCACUUGCGCCCUUGUAGGGACCGGACAAUCGAGGCAUGUGCCUGUCUCCGCGGCAUUCGGCAUCGUUAUGGCCGCGUCGACCACAUUUGGAGUACUGCUUAUGGCAUGCAGUCUCAUGGGUGGGGUUCAUUCCACAGAGCUUGCAGUCAAGCAGCUGGCUUGUUCUAUUGUUGGGACCUCGGAAUGCCUCUUUCGGCUCGGGCUUCUUGUUCGUUGGGGAGAAUCGAUUCGAUCCCCUGCUGCGCUUGUUUCGCGAAGCACCCGUCGAGAUACCGGCAGAAGUGCCGUUAGCGUCUCUAUUAUAUGCGCUUGCGGACCGACCAAACCACUAAGAACGCUUGUGAAGUCGUUGAUAGAGGCAAAGUCAACUGAGGCUCCCUUCCUAACAUGGAGGCGAGUGACCAUGUUAUUGAGAGUAUCAAGAGACACGGUGUAGUGUAGUGGCUGGUGUAUGGAUAAAGCUCCAGAUGUGGUGGCACUGGUAAGAGAUCUUUCAACGGUGAGGAUAAUAAAGACAGCAAAACUAUUUACGAGAAUAAGAACGGCGACAACACACUCAGGUUAGGGAUCUGCAAGGUCAAAGGGACUCUGUCUUGACUCCUGUGUCCAGACGUCGGCAUCGAGGGGUACUGUUCUUGAUCCUCCGCUCUUGUUCGUUAUGAGACCAUGAUCAUUACCUGUCGUGGGGGCAGGCAGGUAAUGUGAGCGGA